AAGAACUGAAAAAAGCUUAAAUUAGCCAAAACAGCUAGCAUGUAGCUAAAAUAUUAGCUAAACUCAUAAAAGCCUAAAAACGAAAAAGCCUAAAUUAGCAAAAACAGCUAGCAUUUUGGUGAAAUAUUGGCAACACUCCAAAUUGUACAAAAAAACAAACAAAAAAAAACAAAACUAGACAAAAAAUUAGCAUUAAGCUGAAAAAUUAGAUAAACUCCAGAAUAGCUUAAAGAACAGAUAAAAAUCCUAAAUUAGCCAAAGCAGUUAGCAUUUAGACAAAAUAUUAAUUAACUCCAAAACAGCCUAAAGACCUGAAAAAAGACAGUUAGCCAAAACAGCAAAAGUGAAGCUGAAAUUUUUGCUGAAAUCCAAAAUAGACUGAAAAACCUUAGUGAAUGCCAAAAUUAUUGAUAGCUGAAUGAGCUGAAAAGGUGAAGGGGUUGAAGAGCAACGGACAGACAAAAACCAAAAAACAAAUGGAUCACUAUAGUGUGAAUUCUCCACAGUAUUCACACGAUGAUACACAUCUACAUCUUCUGUCCAUUUGUUCUAGAUGUAAAGAAGGGGUCGAGGUUUGGCGGUUUGUUUUGGAGGAUGGCCUCUGCAGCAGAGGACCCCCAUCUGGGCUCGGGUCCCGAUGAGGACGACACACCAGGAAGGGACACCGACUCUGACAGCAUCCUCUCUGAUGACUCCGUGCUCCCAGACUACACUCCAGAAGUCACUAUUAACCCAACAGCCUGCAGCCUGUACGAGGCCUGUCUGCGCAACGAUGCCGUCUGUCUGCAGAGAAUCCUGGUGGGAGGAGUCUCAAAGGAGGCGGUCAUGGAGCUCGAUAACAACGGCAGGAACUGUUUGAUGGUGGCUUGCUGCAAAGGUUUCAUCGACAUCGUACACGGACUCCACCACUGUCCGUUUGUAGACAUAAAUCACCAGGACAACGAGGGAAACACAGCACUGAUGAUCGCAGCUCAAGCAGGUCACAUCAACUCGGUUAUGUACCUCCUCAACUACUUUCCUGGAGUCGACACUGAAGUGAAAGACUGCAGAGGGUUCACAGCCCUCAUCAAAGCGGCCAUGACGGGGCGCGAUGACGUGGUGGCGGCCCUAGUUAUGGCUGGAGCAGACAUCCAUGCAGUGGACUCCACUCGAGGAAAAUGUGCUCGGGACUGGGCCCUCAAAACCGGUCGCUACGAGACCUUCCACCGUCUCCGGCGCCUCACGGUGAGGCCGAAAGCCGAGCAGUUCUGUGAGAACUAUGUGGCCGAGUGGCCUGAGCUCAGGGAGAAAGUCUCCAAAGCCACAGCUCAGAAAAGCCCCGCUGAGAAAAUCACUCUACGGAUCAAAAACUCGUUUGGGUUCAGCUUUCCACGCGAUCCCCAGGACAACGGAGUCCUGGACCACAUGGUGCGCAUGACCACCAGCGUCCACAGUCCUCUGGUGUCUACGGGAUGCCGGCCGCUCUGCCCCACCAGUCCCCCAGAGGUGGGAAAGAGGCGGCUGGCUGUAGCGGAGCUGCUGCAGAAACACCGGCCGAAGGAGCUGGAGGAAAGCUCAGUGUGCCACAGCAACGGCUCGGUGUCCCACGUCAUCCCCUCCAUCCACUCGGCAGAAACCAUAGCCGCCACGUGCUGCCCCGACACCGAGCGGCGAGGCAGCAUCCUCUCGCUGGCCUCCACCAAGGUUGCUAGCACGUUCGUUCCCCGCAGCAUGGCGAGGAGGAACAGCGUGUUCCCGUCUGGGUGCAUCCCUAAAAUCAGCGUAGACAAACCUGGAGAGGCCACGCCCAAGAAGGAGAAGAAGAAGAAGAAAAAGGAGAAGGGAUUUCUGGAACCCCCCAUGUGGAAAUAUAAGGAGCAGAAAGAGGAGAAGAAGAAGGAAAAGAAGAAAGCUGAAAAAGAAGAGAAAAAGAAAGAUAGUAAGAAGAACAAAGCAUAAGUUUCUGACAGUCUUCUCCAGUCGAGUUUGUUUUUUGACAGAAAUUACAUCUUUGCUCAGGAUCAAGUGAAAGACGAGUUUUCAUAAACAAUAUUUGCUUAUUAAGAGCAAAAAAUGUGUUUCUUUUAUUAAUGUAUUAAGUUGAUGAUAAUUUUGAUCAUAACAAAUACAUUAGAUCA